AUGGAUUUUUCAUUCUCAUUUCAAGCCGUUUUCCAUACCGAUAACGCGCCACUGUGCAAGAGCCUAACUCAAAAGUGUACGAACGAGAUAAUUAACACAAUGCGAGAUUGCAAUGAUCCUGACAUCGAGCCGACAGAAAUGAGUAACAUUUUACUUCAAAAGAAAGAACUAGUAGAGAACUUAAAGACGUUGAUUGACUAUAUGAAAGAGGAAGUCAAUGUCAUUGGUGACGAAGAAGACCAAAAACCAUCGAAGGAGAUCUACGACGAGAGUUUGAAAAUAGUCGCGACACUCGAAGACCUUCAACAGAAAGACAAAUUGGA